AUGAUCGGGGAUAACCCGAUCACAGCGGCAGACUUGGACGUCGUCGGCGCCUUAGCUCCUACCAUUACACCCCCCAUGACCAAGGCUUUCCGUCGCUUGUGCGAUCGAGCCAAAGCAGAUAUCUUCUCCGUUGAGUGGGAGCUAAAGGCCUACGCACCUCAACGCCGACGGGAGGUUGUUUUUGAGGCCGGCGACGAAGUGCAGCUCAGGAGUCGGCAUCUUCCUCCCCAAAACUCUUGCUGCGGCAUCACGCACGUGCCGCCCGACGGGCUCGCUCGAGCUUCUCCUCAGUAG